AUGGCGGCCGACACGGAGCCCCAGUAUGGGCUGCGCAAGCGCCGCAAGGUGCAGGCGGCCAGCAACGAGGGCGAGGCCUCGCUGGAGCGCCUCCUGGAGGUGGCGGCCACCAGCCAGAGGAUAGUCGUCUUCUCCGGCAGCGGCCUGUCGGCCUCCUCGGGCAUGUCCACCUUCAGCACGCGUGGCGGGCUGUACGAGCGGGCACAGAAGCAGUACAAGCUCAGCGACGGCAAAAUGCUCUUCACCUAUCUCUUCUUCGACCGCCAGCGCCCCGAGGCCCAGGCCUUCUUCGCCGACAUCUACAGCGAGGCGGUGCGCGCGGAGCCGGCGCCGGGGCACCACGCGCUGCGGCAGCUGCUCGACGCGGGCCGCCUGCACCGCCACUACACCCUCAACAUCGACGGGCUGGCGGAGGAGGUGGGCAUGGCCACGUGGCACCACGAGCACAACACGGGCGGCGUGACUGUGGAGAUGCAUGGCAACGUGCGGCACCUGGUCUGCCCAGAGUGCUACGCCACUCAGCCCAUGACGGCCGCGCUGGCCAAGCGGAUCAAGACCAAGGAGGCGGUGCCGUGCGGGGACGCCGGGUGCGGCCACGGCGCCAUGCGCUUCAAGGUCAUGAUGUACGACGAUGGAGAGGCCGAGUGCAUCACUCCCGACGAUGUGAUGGAGUUGAUGGAGGAGGAUGUGAAGGCGGCGGACCUGGUGCUGUGGGUGGGCAUCUCCUUCCAGCAGAGCGCCUCCACCCUCUACUUCCGCAAAGUGAGGUGCUGGAUACAGGAGGCGGGGCGGCUGGGGGAGACGGUGCAGGCGCUAGUGAACCCCAGCGACGAGGCGCUCUUCAACCUGCGCACAGCCAUGAGCAACCAGUCGGAGUUGAGGGUGCUCGAGGUGCUGGCAGAGGCGGAUGAGGUGCUGCCCCUCAUGGCAGACCGCCUGCGGCAGCACGGCGCUCUGGAGGGCGGCGGCCGCGCCGCGCCGGCAGCGCGCACGCCAUGCAGGCCGGCACGGGCAGAGGCGCAGCCUGGGGCGGCCGCGGAUGUCAAGCAGGAGGCUUGCGUGCCGGUGCCGGCAGCGCAGGGCAGCCUCCCAGCAGCAGCAGCAGCGGCAGCAGCAGCAGCCAACGGGACGCACCAGCGGCUGCCGUCGCCGCAGCUAUUGCCGCAGCAGCAGCUGCUGGAAGCAAAGCCGCAGCAGCUGCCACCUGCUCAGGCGCCAGCCGCCAUGUCGACGCGUCAGGCCCUGGUCCAGACGGUGGGCGCAGCCGCCACACAGGCCACCCUGCAGCAGCACCACGCUACGGUGCAGGCGCUGGACAGCCUGUCUCGGGUGCUGCAGGCGAUGCAGACCAUUGCCAGCUCGCAGCAGCAGCAGCAGCAGCAGCAGCAGCAGCAGCAGCAGCAGCCAGGCAUGCCGGGAUGGCGGCAUCAGCAGGCAUGGCAGCAACCGCUGCUGCCCCAGCAGCAGCAGUCUUGGCAACAGCCCUCCCCUGCGCAGCAGCAGCAGCAGCAGCAGGCGUGGCAGCAGCAGCUGCACCCUCAGCCACAGCCGCAGGUGUCGCUGGAUGCGCUCCGCACGCUGAUGCAAGCUGUGGGCGGGCUGCAGCACCCUGCUGCGACCCAGUCAUACAGCUUUUUGCCACUGCUGCUUGCCCAGCAGCAGCAGCAGGCGGCCGCCGCAAUGCUAUCAGCCAAUCUGCCGCUGCCAGUGCCAGUGCCGCCAGCCAGCGCUGCUCCGCAGCCUGCGGGUGUUCCUCUGACGUCGCCAGCAGCAGCGCCAGCUGUGGCAGCAGCGGCAGAGGCUGCCGCUGCGCCGAAGCAGCCUCAGUCGCCGCGGGGCGUGGUGCUACAGGAGCAGGACAGCCACGAUAGCGACCAGCUGAACCCGCCUCCAGCUGCCGCCGCGGCGCCCACCUCGGCUGUACACUAG